AUGUCUGCUUCUGGUGAUCGAUUUGAUUGGUAUCAGUCAGAGGAUAAUAUUUGGAUAGAUUAUUUAAGAAAAAAGAUGGCACCAACUGAUAUUCGGGUAGAAAUAAAAGACGGGAGACAGGUUUCUUUGUACCUGACUAUUCCCACCGGUGAUGAGUUGCUCAAGAAAUUUCAGUUGCUCCAUGAAGUUGUGCCAGAAGAUUCAUCAUAUCGUGUCACCGCCACGAAAAUCGAAAUCAAGUUAAAGAAAGCAGAUAAAGUUUGCUGGAGUCAUCUGGAAUCUCAAGAUUGUAUCACUGGUUCAGGAAUUCAGACGUCAUAUGAUGUCACCAAAAUUGUUCACUCCUACCCUUCCUCAAGCAAAUCUGCACACGAUUGGAAUAAGAUCGAUAAAGAAGCAGCUGAAAUAGAGGGAGAAGAAGACCCUCUAAACAAGUUGUUCAGAAAUAUUUACGAAAAUGCCUCAGAUGAAACUAGAAGGGCAAUGAUCAAAAGUUUUACGGAAUCAGCUGGUACAGUCCUCAGCACCAAUUGGAGUGAAGUUGGAGCAGGUAAAGUUGAAAUACGACCUCCAGAUGGGAUGGAAUAUAAGAAGUAUGAAAUAUAA